AUGGCAGAGAGCAAGUGUCCCGUUCAUCGCCAAAUGAACGUCGGCGGCGGUGGCACCAGGAACAAGGACUGGUGGCCCGAGGCCCUGAAGCUCAACAUCCUCCGCCAGCACACAGAUGUCACGAACCCCCUCAAGGACUUCGACUAUGCCGAGGCCUUCAAGAGCCUAGACUACUUUGCCCUCAAGAAGGAUCUCGAGGCCCUCAUGACAGACUCCCAGGACUGGUGGCCUGCGGAUUUCGGUCACUAUGGAGGUCUGUUCAUUCGAAUGGCCUGGCACAGUGCUGGCACUUACAGGACCUUCGAUGGCCGCGGCGGUGGUGGCCAGGGUCAACAACGAUUUGCACCCCUUAACAGCUGGCCUGACAAUGUCAGUCUGGACAAGGCCCGCCGACUCCUGUGGCCGAUUAAGCAGAAGUACGGCAACAAGAUCUCGUGGUCUGACCUGAUGCUCCUGACUGGAAACGUUGCCCUCGAGUCCAUGGGUUUCAAGACAUUCGGCUUUGCCGGUGGCCGUCCCGACACUUGGGAGGCCGAGGAGUCGGUCUACUGGGGUGGUGAGACCACCUGGCUGGGCAACGACGUUCGAUACGCGUCCGGCUCCGAGGGUCUUGCAGGGGAGGGUGUCCUUGUUGGCGACGAGAAGGCCGCCAAGGAUAUCCACAGCCGCAAGCUGGAGCAGCCCCUGGGAGCUGCUCACAUGGGUUUGAUCUAUGUCAACCCAGAGGGCCCCGACGGCAACCCUGACCCUGUUGCUGCUGCCAAGGACAUUCGCACAACCUUCGGUCGCAUGGCCAUGAACGACGAAGAGACCGUUGCGCUUAUUGCCGGUGGCCACUCUUUUGGAAAGACACAUGGUGCUGCUCCCUCUGACAACGUCGGAGCCGAGCCAGAAGGAGCCAGCAUUGAGGCACAGGGCUUCGGCUGGGACAACAAGCACGGCUCUGGAAAGGGCCCUGACACCAUCACCAGUGGUCUGGAGGUCAUCUGGACCAAGACUCCCACCAAGUGGAGCAACAACUACUUCGAGUACCUCUUCAAGUACGAGUGGGAGUUGACCAAGAGCCCGGCUGGUGCGAACCAAUGGGUUGCCAAGACUGACGACCUUAUCAUUCCUGAUGCCUACGACUCGAACAAGAAGCACAAGCCCACCAUGUUGACGACCGAUCUUUCGCUGCGCUUCGAUCCCGAGUACGAGAAGAUUUCGCGCCGUUUCUUGGAGAACCCCGAUCAGUUCGCUGAUGCCUUUGGUCGUGCCUGGUUCAAGCUGCUGCACCGUGACCUGGGCCCCAAGUCGCGCUACCUUGGACCCGAGAUCCCGAAGGAGGACCUGUUGUGGCAGGACCCUGUUCCUCCCGUCGACCACGAGCUGGUCAACGAGAGCGAUAUCGCUGCUCUCAAGAAGGAGAUCCUGGCCUCCGGUGUUGAUGUCUCCAAGCUAGUGUCUACUGCUUGGUCAUCCGCGUCCACUUUCCGUGGCAGCGACAAGCGUGGAGGUGCCAACGGUGCCCGCAUCCGCCUCGCUCCCCAGAAGGACUGGAAGGUCAACAACCCGGCGCAGCUGACUCAGGUUUUGGGUGCCCUCGAAGGAAUUCAGAAGAAAUUCAGCAAGAAGAUCUCGUUGGCUGAUCUGAUCGUUCUGGCCGGCUCGGCCGCUGUUGAGAAGGCUGCUAAGGAUGCAGGCUACAACGUGACGGUUCCCUUCACACCUGGCCGUACAGAUGCCACCCAGGAGCAGACAGACAUUGAAUCUGUGGGCCACCUGGAGCCAUAUGCUGAUGGUUUCCGCAACUAUGGCAAGUCGACAUCGCGCGUCAAGGUGGAGAACUUCCUCGUCGACCGUGCGCACCUGUUGACGCUUACUGCUCCCGAGCUUACCGCCGCCAUUGGCGGUCUGCGUGUGCUCAACACCAACUACGACGGCUCCUCCCACGGUGUCUUCACCAAGCGCCCAGGACAGCUGACCAACGACUUCUUCGUCAACCUACUCGACAUGAGCACUGCAUGGAAGGCAACCGACGAGUCCAAGGAGACAUUCGAGGGCACUGACCGCAAGACUGGCGCCAAGAAGUGGACUGCCACUCGCGCCGAUCUCGUCUUCGGCUCUCACGCCGAGCUGCGUGCCAUUGCAGAGGUGUACGGCCAGGCCGACGGAGGCGAGAAGUUCGUCAAGGACUUCGUGGCUGUGUGGACUAAGGUGAUGAACGCCGACCGAUUCGACAUCAAAUAG